AUGUGGGAUGCACACUUCACCUUCGAGCGCAGUCAGGGCUUGGCGUCUGUGUUCUUUUUGGCUUUUCAAUAUAACUUUUACUUACUUUUUUUUAUUUGUGCAGCAUCGAGGCCUGCUAUUUUUCCAUCAACUGCCAAAUGUGACAACUCAAAGCAAGGAGGCCUCCACCGAUGUCAGCUAUCUGACUGUGAGACUGAUCAACAGUUUUGUCUGGAAGCACAUGCCAGCGUCCAUACAGGCAAGAAGCCAUUUCAGUGCCCUUCAUGUCCUCGGAGCUUCUCAAAAAGAUACAGCCUAAAUGUUCACCUGUCCAUUCACACGGGUGAGCGGCCAUUUCAAUGCCCUUCAUGCCUGCGGAGCUUCUCGCAAAAAAUCCACCUGAAAAACCACCUGAGCACCCACACAGGUGAGAAGCCAUUCGCGUGCUCUUUGUGCUCUUGGAGCUUCCCACGAAAGGCUGACUUGAAAGAGCACCUGCGCACCCAUACAGGCGAGAAGCCACAUCAGUGCCCUUCAUGCUCUCGGAGCUUCUCACGAAAGGGCAACCUUACAAAACACCUGUGCACCCACACAGGUGAGAAGCCAUAUCAGUGCUCCUUAUGCUUUCAAAGCUUGGCACAAAAGACCCACCUGAAAGCCCACCAGCACACCCACACAGGCGAGAAGCCAUACCAGUGCCCUUCGUGCUUUCAGAGGUUCUCACAAAAGAUGCAGCUGAAAGUCCACCUGAGCAUUCAUACAGGCGAGAAGCCAUAUCAAUGCCCUUCAUGCUCUCAGAGCUUCUCACAAAAGGGCAACCUGAAAGUCCACCUGCGUACCCACACAGGCGAGAAGCCAUUUCAUUGUCCUUCAUGCCUUCAGAGCUUCAUACGAAAGACCAGCCUGAUAUGCCACCUGCAAACCCAUACUGGUGAGAAGCCCUAUCAGUGCCCUUCAUGCUCUCGGAGGUUCUCAUUGAAAAGUGCCCUGAACGUACACCAGCGCAUUCAUACAGGUGACCGGCCAUAUCGUUGCACCGUAUGCUACAAGUCCUUUACGCGAUCUGAUCACUUGAGCAGACAUAAGCAUAGAGCAAAGCACCAUGAUAUUGUAGGGUAGAUCAUUGACCACGUUGAACUAGUCUGAAUUAAAUAUCUAUGGAUGUGUAGCAUAUUUGAUAGCUUUGUACUGCAUCAGGAAGCACAAGUGAUGUGAUCUGCUUUCGAAGUUCUGUAUUUUUUUUUUCAAUAUGGUCUUUUGGUACAUAUGAACUUGUUCUGUUUUAUGCAUUCAUGUAUUUGUUGCCUCUAUGUUCUGGUAUACAUUGUUCAUUCUGAAGACUCUUUUGAGCUUAUUCUGUCCGUACUUUUUUUAAGAAUGGGUAUUUUUAUGGAGCAAUUGAUUGUUCAACAAGUUACCUUCCAACUGUUUGUUUCAUCAGAGCUCCAAAUAAAUGUCUGUGUUUCAUGAGUA